CCAAUACAAACCCUUACUGUCCCUUUCUCCCUCCAUUGUUAAAUCUUCUGCAAUCUUCUUCCCCAAUUUUUUUUUUUUUAACUCAAAAUUCUCAACAAAAAAUAAAUUCAUUUUUCAUUAAAUUUUCAAAAAUUAGCAAAAAAAACCAGAAAAACAGAAAAAAAAAUAAUCAGUGAGUAGUGAAAUUAAAGAAGAAAAGGUGGCUAGUCAAGGGUUUGAUACAGCAGUAUUGACUCUAUUGAGUUUUCAAGAAAUGGACAAUUCGAAUUCGGGUCAAGAAUCGGGUCAAAAUUCGGGUAGUAGUAGAAGAACCCGAUCGCAAACGGGUUUAGUUGUUGUUAAGGAAGGGGAAGAAGUUGGGCGGAAGAAAAGUUUGAAUUUUGUUGGUAAAAAAUCUAGGGUUUAUGGGAAAAAUCAUGUGAAGGAUUCGAAGAAAAGGAAGAGAUUGAAGAAUGUGAAUGUGGGUGUUGUUGGUUUUCCUAAAAGGAGGAAAGUGAAUGAUGAUGAUGGUGAAGGCAAGGCGAAAAAAUCGGGCGAUUUGGAGAUUGGGAGUUCUAUUGUUCGACCGAAAAAGCGUUACCGCCCAAGGGUUGGCGCACAAACCAAUGUUGAGGCUGUUAACAUGUUGAAAGAGAAGUUGGAUGCUAAGCAGAUUCAGAUGUUCAGGGAAACUUGUUUUGGGCGUUUUCUUGAUUUGCCCCCUGUAGUGGUUCAGCAUCAGUUGGCACACUCCCUAUUGUUGAGGGAGGUGGUUGAGGAGAAAGACGAUGCAUUGUGGAUAUCAGUGAAAGAUGUCAAGCUGCGUUUUGGACUUGUCGAAUUUGGGAUUAUCACCGGGUUAAAGUGUACUGGCGACGCUUACAAGUGCUGUGAUUCUGAUGGAAUGGGUCAGUUAAUCAAUACUUACUUUCCUUCUGAACAAUCCAGGGUGGCUAAGCAAUCCUUAAUCGACUGCAUCAAUGAUAAGAGAUUUAAAUCCGAUGAGGAUGCUGUCAAGCUCGCUGUCCUAUAUUUCAUUCACACAUUUUUGUUCUCCACUGUGAAACGCAAACAUAUUACAAGGGAUGAUUUUGAGCUCGUUGAGAGCGGUGAAUACGAAACGUAUCCUUGGGGGAAAGCUGUCUUUAAAGCCAUUAUGAAGGCUAUGAAGGGUAAGUUGCAGGGGAAGCCUUCAUUUUACAGGCUUGGUGGAUUACCGUUGGCAUUCCAGUGUUGGUUUUAUGAGUGUUGUCCUUAUGUUAAUAAUAAGAUUGCUUUCCGAGUUGAUGACAAAGUGCCCCGCAUACUUAGUUGGAAAGUUACAAAGCAGCCAACUUUUAAGGAAUUGUGGGAUGUGAUUUUCAGGCAGAAGCAGGAUCAGUUAAAGCUGAGGAAUAUAUCUCCGACAGAAUUUGAGAAAGCAACACUUGAUUUGCCUGAAUCAAUUGACGAUGAAAGGGUUAACGAGGUGGCAUCCCGAGAUAUUGCUGAAGUCCAUAUUGCUCAAGACUUUAGUAGUCCACCUCCUCGAGCAAGUAGGAAGCAGCUUAAAACCAAACGUAACCCCGCCUUGAACAAUGACGAUGACUGGAGCACCGAGUUGAAAAGACUGUCUGACGGACAGUCGGAGUUGAAGAGUGAGAUUCAGAUGUUCAACAAUGAGUUAGCAUCGCUCAACGACUGCAUGAGGACAUCCUUCGCAAAUGUUUUUAAAGCCAUUGAGUCUCUAUCGAAGAAACAAGGAGAAAAGACUGCUUCCGAGCUUGAUGGAGCAAAUGACCCCCACGACAGACAUGGCGAAAGCAAUUCUAGUGAGUUUAGUAAUAGUGACGACAACGGUAGUGAAGGGCAAGAGCAGGGCGGUGACAAGGACAACAAUGAGAAAGCUAAUGAAGCUGCUACGGGUGAUGCCGAGGGCGAGGAUAAACUUGGAGAUCCCGUGAAGGAGGUUGAAAGGAUGGACAUAUCCGAGGCUCAGAUUCUUCCAGAUACUUGUGAGGUGUCAGAUCACUUCACACCGGAACAGUUAACAAAACCAAGCGAUCUCGCACCAGUUCCUGAGUCGCCACAGGUGAACCAAGAUGACGCUGGCAUUGAAGGUUCAUCCAAGAAGUCGAGCGACGUUGAUAAUGUUGAUUAUAGUUUGUUGACCGAGUUUGACAAGUGGGUUGACGAAGGGAUGAAGAAACAAAGCAAGUAAAGGUAACUGUUUAGGAAGCAUUGAGGGAGGUAUUAGACUGGUUCAUUUAGCAGUUUUACAUUUUGAGCAAACGACAUUCUGCGGUUGCUUUUCUUCUAUUGUGCUUUCAUUUAUGCAUCGUUUUAUUACUUCUAGUGCGGGUUAAGAACAUCCUUUGCUUUAUCGCAGGAAGAAAAAGGUCGGAAAAAGUGUAUUAUGUCGAUGAACUUGUGUUGAUAAUCUGGUCUUUGACAUAAUAGUAGAGCUAACAUUUCCCUCCUUUACAAA